AUGCGUCGCGGCUCGCUGGCGGUGGCGCAAGGUAGUAAGCUCACCACCGCCAUCUCUCUCGCCUCGUCCCAUGCCAUGUGCGCGCCGCUGUGGCGUCUGGCGCAAGUGACCAUCGUGUUGGCGUGCUGGGGCUACUUCAUAACUGCCGCAUGGCUGUCCACCCCACUUCUGGCCAAACUGCUGGGCGACAGACGACAGGACGCAGACCUGGCUCCCGAAUUCAACGCCACCUGCACCGAAGACUUCACCGCCGCCCCGACCACUGAGAAACCACCUCGGCCGCUGCCCUUCGCCGUGUGGUUCCCGCUCAACACCCGAGAUGACUUAAACUACGGCAUCGGCAUUUUCAUUCAGAGCCAGCAAGUGGCGAACGACGUGUACUGCAGCCAGUGGUUCCGGUGCAGUGUCAGCACGCGCAAGAGCGUGUACUUUGUGAUGCUGCGCGCCUUCACCCCCAGCGUCGUCAACGUCAGCGGCUUCACCGUCCUCGGGCUCGACCUCUUCUCUGCGUUAAUUCGUGCCUCGUACUCAAUGCUGGCUCUUCUGCAACAAGUCAACAACGACUGAUUGGCUACGUAUCUAACUAGCCACUAUCACCGACAUUCACUUCUUUCCUGAAAUCACGCUUCAAAACAAAAGAAGACUCGGCAAUCAACUGUCAACUCUUCUCCCUAAUACAAAACAAUGUUUAGCAUUAACAACCUAAUUAUUGUUAUUAUUACUACAUUUGUUAUCAUUGUAAACGAGAAUCUGCAAGGGGAAAUGUAUCUGAUUGAUGAAAGACUUUAUCAUUUCCUUUAUCAACAUUUUUAUUCAUGUCGAAUCGGUGUACAAACAGUGAAGGCUUAUUAACGAAAAAAGAGCA